AUGAACGCCACUAUGAGCAUUGAUUACGAAUAUACUAAUUUGUCAUUCACGUCCGUUACAACUGUUCCUCCAACAAGAAUACCGUUAAGUGACGGUAAAGAAAUUAUAUUUGAAGAUUGGAUGCUUGAUUUAACCGUUGAAGAUUUUGUAAAUGCUGGUUUGAUUCCGAUAGAUAAAGCUUUAUCCCUUAUGAAGCAAUGGGAAGCUGAAGAGAGAAUGGCUGCAUCUGUAGAUUAUCACCCUCAAAUCAUUGAAAUUUUAUCUAAUCCUCACAUAUCGGCUAGAAAUCAUUGCAAUAGACCAACUGAUCAAAUCAAAUGUGGUACUCUUAAAUAUAAACGACCGAAGAAACAGCGCAUUUGUAAGAAUUGCGGUGUUAAUGAAUCAUCUUGUUGGAGGAAAAAUGGUACUUUGUGUAACAAAUGUGGCUUGCAUGAAACACAGUAUGGUCAUCCGAGACCAUCAUCCUUCGAUAAAUUAGUUAAACCACCAAAAGACAAU